AUAGUCAUGCGCAGAUACGCACACGUGUUCCUGUGCGACUGCGUUGCGAAGAUGGCGGACGGUGAAGUGAAGAAAGAGAAGAAAAAGAAGCAGAAAGUUGCAGAUCAUGAAGUUGGGGACAUUCAAGAGUCUGGCGAUUUUCUCAUCAAGCCAGAAUCUAAAGUAGCUAGUUUGGACACAUCUCAGUGGCCUCUGUUAUUGAAGAAUUUUGACAAACUAAACAUCAGGACUGCACAUUACACUCCCAUUCCAAAUGGAUGCAACCCACUGAAGAGGAACAUACACGAUUAUGUCAGGUCGGGCUUCAUUAACCUCGAUAAACCUGCCAACCCGUCCUCUCACGAAGUGGUGGCAUGGAUCAAGCGCAUCCUGCGAGUCGACAAAACUGGCCACAGCGGCACGCUCGAUCCCAAAGUCACCGGCUGUCUGAUCGUGUGCGUGGACCGUGCCACCAGACUGGUCAAGUCCCAACAGAGUGCCGGCAAAGAGUAUGUGGGUAUAGUACGGCUGCACAAUGCCAUCGAGAGCGAGCACCAGCUUUUGAGGGCCAUGGAGUGCCUCACGGGGGCGCUGUUCCAGCGACCUCCCCUCAUUGCUGCGGUUAAGAGGCAGCUGCGAGUGCGCACAAUCUACGAGAGCAAGCUCAUCGAGUACGACCCUGAGAGGAGACUAGGCAUCUUCUGGGUGAGCUGUGAAGCGGGCACCUACAUCAGGACGCUGUGUGUGCACAUGGGCCUGUUGCUGGGCGUCGGGGGCCAGAUGCAGGAGCUGCGGAGGGUCCGCUCCGGAGUGAUGGGAGAGAAGGAUAACUUGGUGACCAUGCAUGACGUGCUGGAUGCCCAGUGGCAGUUUGACCACAACAAGGACGAGAGCUACCUCAGGCGUGUGAUCUUCCCCCUGGAGAAGCUGCUCAUCUCUCACAAGAGGAUAGUCAUGAAGGAUAGUGCGGUUAAUGCUAUCUGCUACGGCGCCAAAAUCAUGCUCCCAGGUGUCCUCCGAUAUGAAGAUGGCAUCGAGAUCAACCAAGACAUCGUAGUAAUCACCACCAAGGGGGAGGCCAUUUGUACAGCGGUUGCACUUAUGACAACGGCGGUCAUUUCUACCUGUGACCAUGGAGUCGUUGCCAAGAUCAAGAGGGUCAUCAUGGAGAGGGACACGUACCCUCGCAAGUGGGGACUUGGACCCAAGGCUAGCCAGAAGAAGAUGAUGAUCCAGAAGGGCCUCUUGGACAAACACGGGAAGCCAAACGGCAGCACACCUGCAGAGUGGACAGACAGCUAUGUGGAUUACGGUGCAAAGAAGGCUGCAGCUGCAAAGAAGGGCGACGAGCCAGCAACACCUGCAAAGCGCAAAAGGGUAGAGAGUGGAAGCGACGGUGAGGGGAACGCAACGGAACCUUCAACGCCUGUGACGCCCAAGACUGACGAUGAGCUGAAGAAGGAAAAGAAGAAAAAGAAAAAGGAGAAGAAAAUGAAACUGGCGCAAGAGGCGCCCGCAGCCGAGGCGGCGCAAGAGGAGCCCGCAGCAGAGCCAAGCGAAGAGGCUGGUGAAAGUGCAAAGAAGAAAAAGAAGAAGAAGAAACAGAAGGAGGAGGAGCAAGCGUCUGAGUGACGGCUUGAGAGAAGCGUUUAAAAACUCUUAAUGAAACUGUAAAAGUGAGCGGCCCUGUUGGACAAGGGUUAAUGCCUGGACAGGGUGACUGGACCUGUUGGCUCAGGGUUCUGACUCCGCCCUAACCGUUGCCUCUGUUGUGUUUUGGAUUCCGUUAUCCUCAUAGAGGCACUAACGAGGCUGUAGUCGGUAACUGUUUAUGUUGACCAUGGUAUGGAGAGAUUCUUCCCCAGAUUCUGUAAUAUAGGUGUGCUUUCACUUUUCUUUUUCAACCAACUGAAUGUGGUAACUGUUUUUGCUGUUAUCCAUGUGUGUAAAACAUUUUUUUUUUUUUAACCUUGUAAAUAAGAAAUCAAGUAUUAUAUGAAUUGCAUUUGAUUAAUGAGGUUUUUUUCUACAAAA